AAGGCAGCCGCUUGUGUUAUAGUUGACACUCCGUGCGUGCCUGGUGUUGAACAGUCCCACUUUGCAAGAGGGGAUGAGCGAGUUUGGCGAGAUUCUGAGAGAGGUGGGGGAGUUUGGGCCGUUCCAGAAGCGCUUGCUGCUGCUGUUAUGCCUGCCCUACAUGUUCGUGGGCUUUCAUCUACUUGCCCAGGUGUUCACUGGGGCAGACGUUCCACAUCACUGUCGGGCCGACUGGAUCUCCAACGUCACUGCCGGCCUCCCCGCUGAGGACCAACUCGUCCUCACCAUCCCACGGGAGAGGGACGGGUCUUACCAAAACUGUAAAAUGUACACUCCCCACCCAGCCGAAGACCUUGACUGGAUCUUGUUGCACGGAAACCAGUCCACGACAGCGUGCGAGGAAGGCUGGGUAUACGACCAGUCGCAGUAUGGAUCGACCAUUGUUACUGAGUUUAACUUGGUUUGUGAUCAGAGAUGGCUGAUUCAGUUAUCCCAGACCAGUUCCAUGGUGGGCUUGUUUGUCGGAGCCAUGUUGUUUGGACAUUUAGCGGACAGGUUUGGUCGACAAAGGACUAUUUUGGUGUCGCUGCUCAUUCAGCUGCUCAGUGGGAUGGGGGCCGCAUUCGCACCAAACAUAGCUUUGUUCAUCGCUCUGCAGUUUGUUCUUGGCACCGCAGUCUCCGGGGCAAUGAUGAACACAAUCGUCUUGGGUACGGAGUGGACUGGCCCAGCACAGCGAUCGUUUGCCUCGGUGCUUACCCAGUGCACCUUUUCUGCGGGCCAGAUGCUGCUGGCUGGCCUGGCCUACGCUAUCCGUGACUGGAGGGUUCUACACCUCACCACCGCCUGCCCGAUGCUGCUCUUCCUUUCCUACAUCUGGUUACUUCCCGAGUCGGCCAGAUGGCUCAUCAUGAAGGGGCAGAAAGAAGAGGCCAAGAGGUACCUGAGGAGAGCCGCCCUGCUCAACAAAAGAGUGUUCAACGAAUCCCUGACCGACAAGUCUUGCCUGGUGUGUAGGUUUGUGAACAGCUUUGUGUAUUAUGGGCUGAGCUUCAGCGUUGGCAGCUUUGGCAAGAAUAUAUACCUGACGCACUUCAUCUUUGGACUGGUGGAGACACUGCGAGGAUCUUGCAUCUGGUUAUUGGCCAAGUUUGGUCGGAGGAAAUGCCAAGGCUGCUUCCUGUGGCUUGGUGGCGUCUCCUGCCUGCUUGUGCUGGCCGUUCCACAAGGGAUGGCCGCGGGAGUCACGGCGCUCGCUGUCCUGGCCAAGUUGUCCAUCUCCUGCUCCUUCACGGUGACCUAUGUUUAUUCCACGGAGUUGCUCCCAACUGUGAUCAGGCAGACGGGGAUUGGCUUGGUGUCCAUGUUUGCCCGUCUGGGCGGCAUCAUCGUCCCACUGAUCAUGAUUCUGGACCAGGACCACCCAGGGAUCUCCUUGAUCCUAUUUGGAAUCUCAUCGCUCGUCGCCGGCUCCCUGAGUCUCCUGCUUCCCGAAACGACCAACAAGGAGUUGCCAGAUCACUCCGGGCACGUGGAACAAGUGAAAAGGGAAGUGAACGGUAAACGUGAGGAGGAGAAUGGAGUGAAGCUGUCAGAUGCAGGAGCCUUCACAGAGUCCACACGCAUGUAGACCACCAUGCACUUAGACCAUGGACCCAAUGUUGCUGAGUGGGCACUCUUCACAACACUAAGCCCUACAGCCUAACCCUUGAUUUACACCAGGCAAUAUAUUACAAUACCAUAUGAUAUUACUUCCUUACUGCCUAUUAUGCCUCCUGGCAUGUAGGGCAGCAGCUGUUUCCGUGACAUAUUUGUUUUACCAGACAGGGUCGUUAGCCCUGUGCUCAACCUCCAACCUGGAUCGCUCUUGGUCUCGCCUCUACCCUUCCACCUGUCCAGCACGGGAGACCCUAACAGGAGCCGAAUCUCCCACUGGCAUCGCUCUGGGGGUCACUGAGACACACACGCUCCCCGACCACAACAAGGUUGCAAUCCAAUGAUAUUGAUCGAACUUUAUUGAAUCCCGUUGUGAAAUUGAUCUGCCAACCGUCACAAAAACACAACACGAUGAAUGAAACACAAAACCAAAGUGGAAUGUCCGGGAAUUGGGGAUGUGCAGGGAUUGGGGGGGGGGGAGUCAGUCUACCCCACGACAGAAGGUGGAGGAGUUGGACAGUUAAGUUAUUCUUAAGUCCAUCAUAACGGAGUCCAGGGAUAUAGGCAAUAGACAGUAGGUGCAGGAGUAGGCCAUUCAGCCCUUCAGCACCGCCAUUCAAUAUGAUCAUGGCUGAUCACCCCCAAUCAGUAUCCCGUACCUGC